AGUACCACCAGUGACACAUCAUGCUCAUUAGAAGCUACUGCGCCGCGCUCUCCUUCAUCGUUGCCGCAGCUCUCUUCAGCUCAGCUUUCGCCUUCCUGCCUCCUCCCACGCCCCCACCUCCUACUCCCAAAGUCACGCAAUUUAAGCCUUAUUUCCGUGCAGUUUUUCAUCAUUUACUAGCAGUCGUCCUUCCAUCGGCAGCCUUAUGUUUUGGUGCAGUGCCUCCCCAGCCGGCGAAUGCGUUCGGUGAAGACAUUGCGGCCAAGGUUCAAAAAUCUUUGAACGAGGACACGACGAAAAAGUACACGGAGGACGGUAUGGACUUGGUGGAGACCCUGAAAAGGCGGUUCAUCCCCGUCAUGAAAAAGGACGGACAAUACGUCCUGCUCACCGAAGAGCAGUACAACACGCUGAAAGGCGAAGGGAAAAUCGUUGGGAGGGAUUUUGUGGUGGACUACCAGGCGGAGAGUGCUCCUGCUGCUGUGGAAGCACCGGUCAUCGAGGAAGAAGACAAGAAAGCGACCUCCACAGGCUCAUCGUCGCAGAAAACUUUGGAGGAGGAUGACGCGGACUUGUUUGAGGAUGGAGAUGCCGUGUGAGUCUCGAGGAGGACAAGGAGGGGGGGGGUGCGACC